AACCACGAGAAAUCGUAACGACGUCGUCUUUGUUGACUCCUCUGUUCUGCGCAUCUGUCCACUGACGUGUUCGCCUAUCCAUUUGCAGCCGUAUUGAAAGCUCGAUCUCAUGGAUGUUUUCCAGGCGUCUUGGGUAUACUUGUGCCAGGCUUCCGCCGGUAUCUUUUCUCUCUCGUUGCUGCUUAGAUUUGGGAAGGUCACGCACAAACUUGGAGGAGGGAAGAGUUGGAAGAACCGAACCAUCCGUGUCCAAAGAGCAAGAACAGAGACUGCCUUCCUGGGAUUUGUUCCGUGUCCAUCAGCUGCCUCUUCCUACGAUCGACACGCAUGCUCCGAAAGUUUCCAGCUUUUUGGACUUUCCUUCUUCUUUGAGGCUUGACGACCCGCAUCUCUCUCUCUCUCUCUCUCUCUCUCGCGCGCGCGCGCGCGCGCGUGCGCGGAUACUUCGAUUCUUGACCUCCAACGCACGCUGAAGACUCGGAGGGGCGGCCCAAGGUGCGUCUUUUAUCCCGAAAGGUGACGACUCGGUGGGAUUCGAGGACGGAUUCCGGGGGGUGGGGAGGUGCAGCGAUUGGGGGGCGUGAAAAAUGGACGGUCUGAUGUUGAUGAAGGGGGUUCCGUUGACGGGCCUCGCCGUCGGUCGUGACGUCGCGUCACGGCACCACCUUCCGGCGGCGAAAGUUUACGCCUUGGGUCCUCGGGCAGCCGCGGGGAGCGGUGGGAACGUGGUGGAGGCGUCAGCGGCCGGUGUGGCGGCGAAGCGGUCGUAUAUGUUCCCGCUGCCGCUGAGGCGACUUUGGCCCGAUGGGGGUGGGGCCGUCGCGGACAAAGGGAGCGACGACGUUGCCGCGGCAGAAAAGGAGGAGAAAUCGGUGGCGCUGGAGGAGGAGGAGGAGGAGGAGCAGGAGGCUGUGGCGGAAGUGGCGGAGCACCGGAGGGACAACUGGGUGUUGAAGAUACUGAGAGUGACGUCGAUGUGGGCGGAGAGGGAGGAGCCGGAAGCGGGCGGCGACCGGGAGGUGGCGGCUGUGGAAGACGGCGACCGGUGCGUCGGUUGCGAAAGCUCCCCCGAAGAUGGCUCGGAAGGGUGCGUCGUCGAAGACGAAGAAGAGGAGAAGAUGGUGUUCGACCGGGAGUCCUUCUCCCGGUUGCUCCGAAGGGUGUCUUUGGUGGAGGCGGAGCUCUACGCCAAGAUGGCGUACCUUGGUAGCCUGGCAUACAUCGUUUCCAAGAUCAAGCCGAAGAACCUCCUGAAAUGCUAUGGACUGCGCUUUGUAACUUCAUCACUGGAGAAGAAAAGCACAUCUUUAAAUUCGGAUGAGCAGCAGGAACCAUCUCAAGAUCAAGAACUGAAAGAGGAGGUCCAUGAGGUGGAAGAGAAUGACAAAAGGAAGGGAAAUAGUACUGGCAUAAGUGCAUCUGCUGCUUAUCAAAUUGCAGCUUCCGCUGCUUCAUAUCUGCAAUCUCAGACGACGGGAAUUCUUCCUGGUAAGACAGAGACAGGCAAGGAUCCAAUAGAAGGAAGCAGCAAAAAUAAAGAAGGUGGGACUCUGAGUCCAGAAGAGGCAUCAUUUAUGGCCACUACAAAUUCUGUCACUGCUGUAGUAGCUGGGAAGGAGGAGAUGAGACAAGCCAUUGCCAAGGACUUGAACACAGCCAAGUCUUUACCUUGUGAAUGGUACAUAUGUGAUGAUGAUAAAAGUGCAACAAGAUAUUUUGUCAUUCAGGGUUCUGAGACACUGGCUUCUUGGCAAACAAAUCUUCUUUUUGAACCCGUUCAAUUCGAGGGGCUAGAUGUACCCGUACACAGGGGUAUCUAUGAGGCUGCCAAGGGAAUGUAUCAUCAGAUGUUACCGGAAAUCAGAUCUCACAUGAAAUCUCAUGGUCAAUCUGCAACUUUGCGCUUCACUGGUCAUUCGCUUGGUGGAAGCCUUGCGCUGCUUGUGAAUCUUAUGUUACUAAUACGAGGAGAAGCACCUCCUUCAUCCUUGCUCCCUGUUAUAACAUUUGGUGCACCAUCGAUAAUGUGUGGAGGUGAUAACUUGCUUCGGAAAUUGGGAUUGCCUAAAUAUCAUGUCCAAGCCAUUACUAUGCAUAGAGAUAUUGUUCCUCGAGCCUUCUCCUGCAACUAUCCAGAUCAUGUAGCUAAGAUUCUCAAGGCUGUUAACGGCAACUUCCGAGAUCAUCCAUGUCUCAAGAACCAGAAACUGUUAUAUGGUCCCAUGGGGCAGCUUCUGAUACUACAACCUGAAGAGAAGUUCUCUCCAUGCCACCACCUUCUUCCCCCAGGCAAUGGCCUCUACAUCUUGGGCAAUUCAUUAGCAGACUCAAAUGAUACAGAAAGGCUACUGCAUGCUGCAACUUUAGCUUUCCUAAACUCUCCCCACCCUCUUGAGAUUCUUAGUGACCGCUCUGCAUAUGGUUCUGAAGGAACAGUGUAUAGAGACCAUGAUACAAAUUCCUACUUGAGGUCAGUCCGUGGUGUGAUCCGCCAGGAGCUUAAACUCAUUAGAAAGGUCAAGAGGGAGCAACGCCGUAAAAUUUGGUGGCCUCUUGUGGCCACACAGGACAUGCACCCCAGGGUUGUCACCUCCAGAUCUGCUGGAUCAACUAUCUCCACUCAACGCAACUUCAGCUUUGCCGGUGUUAUUCACGGAGGAAGGCAAACACUGAAACGGUUUGGAAGACUGGUUGCAUCGCAGCAUGUUCAUAUAUUUGUCGUGCUCUUUUUUCCAGCACGGUUAUUGCUCUUGGGAGCAUUAUCUGUGAUUAAUUGCAGCUGACUGAAGUCAGUUGCUGUAAUCUGCUGCAGUGGUUACAUUCUUUAUUCAUCAUACAAUUCUUUCAUAGAAUUCUAGAAUAGAUGGAAAAAUUGUCAUUAUUCACGAUAAAUAGAAAUGAAUAUAUAUGUCUCAGCAAAAGGUCUCAUGGUUCUUUGUUGAGUUCUGCUUUUUGUUUGCCCGAACAAACUAAAGAUCUGUUGUGAACAUACAUUUCCAAUCCCACAAUUCACUUGAAUUACUUUUCAGACUUCCAAUUUAAGGUACAAAUCAAAUCCUUAUUAAGGUAAUUUGUCUCACUUUUUUUGUUUUAAUAUGCUAAUCUCCAAAUUUAAUAAAUUUGCAGAUGAAUUUGUGAGAUAAGAAGAAGAAAAUAUAUGCUGAGAUUUUAUUGGUUCUCAGAAUCCCUGGGAUCAAAUUCCCAUUGUAAGUCAUCUGAUCUCGGUCUGGUGAGCUUGAUUCUGAAUUUAUUCUUUUUAUCUUUUAAUUGUCACUGCUAUCAUCUAUUGAUUGUUAUAUAGCAGUUGGUCAAUCAUAUAUCUUGUUUAGAUCAUGCGUUUUGUUCAUCAUUCAAUAUCUAUUAAAUUAGAUUGGAUUAAUACCAUAGGCAUGUUGCAGAUAUUUAUGGCAAUGCUUAUGACAAAUACCAACUCCACAUUAAUGUAGUCUUAUGAUGCUUUUCUGAAUAUUUUCAGGUUUGUUGAUUUUAGGUAAACUUCCUCAUGUCAUUCAUUGUAGUCUUAGCAAACCAUGAUAACCCAGAUUUUAGCUAUGUUGCUGAUUGCAUAAAGAGGCAAAUGCUUGCGUUUGUGACUAAAUCAUUCAGUGUCAUACUUUCUUUAAUGGAUACGUGAGGUCGACACAUCAUAUAACUCUACUGCAAUAAAUAUCAAACUCUUUUAUCAUAAAUCCUGAUAAUUAUCAGCCUUGCUUGCUUAAAUUUCUGAAUCUUGCUAUUUAAGAAUUUAAUCCCUCUACUUUCAGAUAUUUCUCGUUGCGAGUAGACACUAGAAAUUUGGUUUGUGAUCAAAUUUUAAAGGCUAGUAUGACGACAAACACGUGUUCAAAAUCAUGCUUCUGUUUGCAUCCAUCUUAGCUGUUGUAUCUUCUCGCUCAAAAUGGUAGGUGCAUGAGUGUCGUGUUUGAAUGUGACUCUAUGACUCUUGUGACUUUUGGUGAACUGAUAAGGGUAUCGGAUGUUGCCAUGAUAUUUCUGCAUCUUGACCAAUUCCAUUUGUUUAAAAGCAUCAUUUUCCUUUUUGUCCAACAUUUUGGCAUCUUACACUGGAAACUUAUGCCAAGGAAAUACAAAGAUACAUACAAAUACUGACAGGUUGUGGACAGCUCCACCUUUGUCUUGCUCAAUCAAACACAUUUGUUAAGUGAACAGCAACAAGAUUGAGGUCCCAGCUUGCAUGGUUGAGGUUUCUAAGCCUAUCGACUCACUCUGAGGCACGUAUCAUACACGUAAGAGUAUGGCUGUUACGCAGGUAAGGCUUACACGUUGGACGCCGAUCAUUCUACUCAUAAGAUGUUGACAUAUUAGCUGAAAAUGUUGUGAAUUUGCAUCUACUAACAGGUUGCAGCUAUCUCAUAGCAAUCCUGCUUCACAUGGUCUUUUUUGUGGAUGCAUACUGGACAAAAUAUAUUUUUUUUGUCGUGUCUUUUUCUUCAGGUUCACCACCCACCCUUCUUUCUGAAGAGUAAUGUUUUGUUGCUGCUUUAGCCAUGGUCUUUUCCUUUCUCUUCACUGUGAACUUGUAAGCUCUGCUUUGAUAAGUGUGGACUAGGGAGGACCAAAUGCUACAGAGAUGAAGCCAUACAUAUGCAUGUAAACACACACUAUCAUGGAUUACUUUGCUUUCAGUCUCAGAAACAGAUUAAAAUGCCAUCAUCUGGUCAAACAUGAUGAAGUUUUCGUCAA